AAUUGGUUUUUGAUUAAAAUUAAGAGGAAAAUACUAAGAAUGAAAAACGUAUAUUUCGAUGUUUCUUCUGGAAAUGCGCCCUUAGGAAGAAUUGUUUUUAAAUUAUUUGAUGAUGUUGUUCCUAAAACAGCAGAAAAUUUUCGUGCAUUAGCUACAGGAGAAAAAGGAUUUGGAUAUAAGGGGUCUACAUUUCACCGUGUUAUUCCAAAUUUUAUGAUUCAAGGAGGGGAUUUUACUAGACAUAAUGGGACUGGAGGAAAGUCUAUUUAUGGAGAAAGGUUUCCUGAUGAGAAUUUCAAGUUAAAACAUGACAAGCCAGGACUUUUAUCUAUGGCAAAUGCAGGACCUAAUACAAAUGGGUCCCAGUUUUUUAUUACAACAGUUUCAACAUCAUGGUUAGAUGGAAGACAUGUUGUUUUUGGAGAAGUAAUUGAGGGAAUGGAUGUUGUUAAAAAAAUCGAAUCUUAUGGAAGUUCCAGUGGUACUCCGUCUGCUAAGGUAGUUAUUCAGGAAUGUGGAACAUUAUAA